AUAGAUCUCAAGUACCCCUUGCAUGCCGUAGAAGCGACUAAAUUGACCUGGUUUAAAUAGAUCCUCAGUACCCCUUCCUUGUCUUGAGGGCCGAUUAAACAGGUGAUUCUCGGAUGAGACCUCAAAAACCAAGGCCCAUGUCAUAUCAUCUGUGGCUCGAUGAAGAUGCCCACUGCUCUAAGGCCUUAAGAUUCGAGCAUACGCCUAAAUAUUUUUGUUUCACGUCAUUACUCGCCAGGUGGCGUUACUGUUGUAGGGGGUAUAUAUAAAUAAGCAGCAUGGCGUCGCAGUACGCGAGAUGGCCUGUGACACAACUAAAACGCGUACUAUCAGAAAGAGGGGCAAUUACACGCGGCCGCAAGGAACAGCUUGUGGAAAGAUUAGAAGCCUAUGAUAGAAAUUUCAAUUUUGUUCCUGAACCAAUUGUUCUGCCACAGUCAGAUGCUGUCGAUUGGCCACAGUCUGGUUUCCAGCAGUUGCAGUCUAUGCAUGUGCAUCUACUGCCAAAAAUCACUACAGAGCAAAUUGAGGCUUAUUUCAUAUUUAGAUUGGCAGGGGACAAACAUGCUGCUUCUGAUGUGAAAGCCUUGGUAAAGGGUAGACUUAUAAAAGAUGCAGAUAGAGUUUUGGCCUGUUCCAUUCUUAUGCAGGGAGGUCAAAUCUACUUUAGUGGUAUUGUUGCUGCAGCCAUGAAGAAAUUAGUGACAUAUAACUAUAAAAUCAAAAUUGAAAAAGAAUCUGGUGACCCAGUUAACUCGGAAUGUGAGUGUCCAUCAGGAAAGGGGCCUCAUGGGACCUGCAAGCACCUGGCAGCAGUAUUUAUAGUCCUGGAGGAGUUUGUACAGACAGGAAACCUUUCUAUCCAGAAAACCUGCACUGAAAACUUGCAGACAUUUCACAGACCCAAAGCAUUAUUUAAAGGUUCUCCUGUAAAAGUAGAAGAUAUGAAGACAUCAAGGUCCAACAUAUGCUUUGAUGACCCACGUCCACUGAAAUACCGAUGUAUGGAGGGAUAUAACGAUCAUGUGAGGAAUGUGUUGAUCAACUAUAUGUCGGACUCUAAUACGGAGAUGGCCUUCAAAUACUUAAUGCCUAAAGCUGACUUGCAGGCAGCAGUUCAAGACCAUGACUAUUUGAAACAACCAUACACAGAGUACUGGAUAGAUGAAGCAUUAAAGGUAGACCGUAGCAGCAUUAAUGCAAUUGAGAAGGCGACUCGGGUUCAAGCUACAAACAAAAAGUGGUUCUCUGAAAGAAGUUGGAGGAUCACGGCUUCGAGAUUUGGGGAAAUUUCCAAAAUUACACCAAGAAGAAAUAUUAAGAAAUUGUUACAGCGUAUGCUAAAAUGUAAAUCAAUAGAUACUGCUGCAACUUUGCAUGGUAAAAACUACGAAAAAAAAGCUCUAAAGGCAUUUGAAAAAUAUGAAUGUGUUAAAACUAAACAGUGUGGACUGUUCAUUUCCCACGAGAGACCUUAUCUUGGUGCAUCCCCAGAUGCUGUUGUUGAUAACAAAGGUAUUGUUGAGGUGAAAUGCCCAUUUACAGGUCGAAAAGACAAAAUUUUACCUGGGAAGAACUUUUCAUUUCUGCAAACUAAUGAAGAGGGACAAACAGUAUUGAGAAAAAGCCAUCCUUAUUAUGACCAAAUUCAAGGCCAGUUGUACAUAAGUGGACAUUCUUUGUGUUAUUUUGUUGUUUAUACAUUUUCUGACCUUUUUGUAGAGAAACGUUUUAUUGACCAAGACUAUUGUGAAAAUGCUUUGAUACCAAAGUUAGAGUUGUUCUAUGUAAAACAUUUUAGGCCUUUCAUUGCUGCAAAUGUGUAAAGUGUAAUGCAAUCUUCCACCUUUGCCUUUAUAUAUAUAGGAUCUCCCAUGAUUUCUGGUUUGAUAUGAUAUAUAUCCAACUCAUUGUGUGUUUUCUAUCCCUGAGCUUCGUCACACACAGCAUAGGAAAACAGUGUGAUAAUUAAAAUAUAUGUAAUGGGUAGAUACAGAAAACGUGAUAAGAUAU